CCAUCCUGCCUUUCUUCAAUUAUUGAAUUUCUAUUUUUUGUCUUGUUUGUAAUCAAUUUUAGUUCACUUCCUGCCCCACCUGAGUGAUUCGCAGGAUACUAGUCAAGGACUUUUCUACGCAUGUUGUUCGUUACGUAUACUGAACUCGCUCUUCGCUUGUUUCUUUCGUGGAGCUCUCUGUCUUUCGUUAGCUUCCUUUUUUUUUUGACUCCUUGCCUCUUCUGGAAAGUGACUACUUGGACCUAAUAGAAUAUCCAUCCUAUAGGGGAAAGAAAGACUCUCGCAGUAGUUGUUCUGUAAGGGCUUUCAUUAGCGUGAGAAGAAAGGGCUAUCGCGCAAGCAACGAACAUGGCGAAGUAAGACCUAGCUUGAAAACUAAGUUGUGGACCUAAACUAAGGAGAGACUUUUGUAGGAAGACACUACACUAAUCUUAAUAGGAAAAGUUUCGUUAUUUAUAUUUAUAUAAGGCUCAAAUGAGGAUUCGCAGUAGUGAUCAUUGUCAUGGCCAGAAUCACAAGGGAUUCGGGAAUGCUCCCACCUUUCGAGGCGAGCCUGCACUCUCGCUUCCUUGUUACUACUAAGACUGACUACAGGGCGGGUGAGGCUGUUCUGAUUGAUCCUAAUCAUGCGAAACCCACGGAGUGGGCUGAGCACCAAGAAGAAAUAGAGCAUCCACUCGAGGAAAUGAAUUCUAACCAGGAUGGAAUAGAAGGCCCUCUGAUUGCAGAGCCGGAAACCAACCAUGGGAAAUCGGUGACACCGAGCAAUGAUGCUCAAAUCGCUCCGCUGCAACGACUCUCAUUUCUAAUGAGCAUUCUUUUCAAGUUGGCGAAGGUGUCCGAUCUACUAGCUCUCCUCCAACCAAUCCGGAGACUAAAAGACCUUCACCUCAAUCUCCACCGGCUCCCACUGAAAGCAGAGCAUUACCUGAGGUAGAUCAUUUAUCCCUCCUUCCGGUUUGCCAUAAACCUUCUUGGCUAACUGUUGACAUCAUCUUCAAUCUCAGAUGUAAACUCUUCAAGGUGUGCUUUCCCCAAGUUUGUCAGGAUCCUCUACAUCUGUUCAGUCCUCCUCGAGUGUGCAUUCAAUGUCCAAAAGCUUGCUGACCAAGCUCUCAGACAGGGAAAAGUCUCGAGGACCUUCCUCGGGCAUUGAAUCUCUGGCCUGCCUACCAGUCUUGAUCUCUUGCAAGAAGGAAAAGAAGCACUAAGAAACUAUUUCAGCAUGC